CUGAUGGUCUUUGACCACCGUCAGCUCGCGCAGCACCCAACUUUUCGUCGAUAGUAGUUUUCCAAUUUUUAGUUAUUUUCCUCAUUUCCCCAGCGUUUUUCCUUCGAUUUUCCAGCUCAGGGCAACUAAACAUCGCCACUGGGAGCUGCGUUCAAACUCAACCCCCUUGCGGGGCCGAAGAUCUCGGUUGUGUGCUACGACAGAUAGCAAACAAUAAGGAUACAUCCAUCGUCGGAGAUGGCGAGCGGCGGAGGCGAUGGUCCAUCAUCUUCCGGUGGACAUCAAAGCUUCGAGCAGUUCAUAUCGCAAUUCUCGGCUGGAACGUCCCUUCAAGCACCGUCUGAUUCAGCCGGGAACAGCGGUUUUGACGCAAGCUCGAAUUUGAAACCAACCGCUGCAGAGUUUGUUCCACGCUGGCAGCAGAGACAGGGACUAGCCCCGCGGGAGCAUAAUUGUGUCAACGAGAACAAUGGUGAAAGAGCGACCGGUGCUGUGAGGAAGCAGUACGAUGGAUCUAAGUGGAAUAACGGCCGCAGGAAUAAUCGCAAUGGGUUUGGGAGUGGACGAGGACGCGGUUUUAAUGACCAUCAAAGGGAACCGAGGGAGAAUGGUGGGGAUAAUGGAAGAUCGUCCCAUGAAGGAUUGAAUGGUGACUAUUCAAGGGAAUAUGACAGGCCCCGUAGAGCACCGCAGCAACAGCCGCAGCAGAAUGGAAGAUGGAAGGGAAACGCUGGAGGUGGACGUUUUCGCAAUGGGCGUAAUCAGAGGCCCGAUCAGGAUCGAAACGAACCCCAGAUUGAUGGCAGCAAUUACAAUCACAACAAUGGACCUAAGGAUGCGGAAGUGAAAGACCGUAGACCAAAUGGAUAUCAAAGGAAUCGAGCCCGCCAGGAGAAGCUUGAAGCGACGAUUACCUCCAAGUGCUCGCAGCGCGAGAAACUCAUUCGGGAGCUGGAUUCAUCCAAGUUGGAGUGUCUCGUUUGUUGCGAUCUGGUGCGACCAACACAAUCUAUUUGGUCCUGUCCAAAUUGCUACCACAUUUUGCAUCUGACCUGCACGACUAAGUGGGCUAGUAGUUCGAAAUCUGAUGACGGGUGGCGUUGUCCUGCGUGCCAGAACGUGUCGAAGAAGAUUCCACGGGAAUACUACUGCUUCUGUGGAAAGCAAAAGAACCCUCAGUAUAAUCGAAGCGACGUGGCCCAUUCUUGUGGGGAACUUUGUAGUCGGGAAGAGCUUUGCGAGCAUGCAUGCACAUUGCUUUGUCAUCCCGGACCAUGUCCACCGUGUCAGGCGAUGGUGCAGAGAAGUUGCGGCUGCGGAAGAUCAACUAAACCGAUGCAGUGUAGCCAAAAGGAUGAGAUCCUUUGCGAUGCCACAUGUGAAAAACCUUUGAAUUGCGGAAUCCACACUUGUCAGCAGAGAUGCCACUGUGGCACAUGUGGCGAAUGUGAGGAAACCCUGGAGCACAAAUGUCAUUGCGAAAAGGAAACGAAGCAGGUUUCUUGCACGGUUGACAAUUUGGACAAUACUCGCUUCGGUUGUGGAGAGAUUUGCAACGCACAACUCGGUUGUAAGAAUCACAACUGUACCAAAGCUUGUCACUCGGAAACUUGUGGUGAAUGCUCGCUUUCCCCGGAGGUCAUUACAUCGUGUCCCUGUGGAAAACAAGCCAUCGUAAAAGGAGAACGCGAAUCGUGCCUGGAUCCUAUCCCGGUUUGUAAGGCUGUCUGUGGCAAGCAGCUUCCUUGUGGUACCCCAGGUGCCCAUCAUGUUUGCAACGCCCGAUGCCACUUGGGGGAGUGUCUUCCGUGCAACAAAACCACUCUCGUCAAGUGUCGUUGCGGUCAUAUGGAUCAGCAGAUCAAGUGCAAGCAACUUAAAACACGUGCUGACGAUGCCCGCUGCAAGAAACGUUGCACUCGGAUGCGUAGCUGUGCCAAGCACAAGUGCAACCAGGAGUGUUGCAUCGAUUAUGAUCACAUCUGCUUGAAGACUUGCUCGCAGAUGCUAUCCUGCGGUCGUCAUCGCUGCGACAAGCCCUGUCACAAAGGUUCCUGUCAGACUUGUCACCGCGUUUCGUUUGACGAACUGACCUGCGAAUGUGGGGCAAGUGUCAUCUAUCCUCCAGUGCCUUGCGGAACGAAGAAACCGCCCUGCGAUAAACCCUGCUCACGACGGCACCACUGUUCCCAUCCGGUCCUACACAACUGUCACUCAGACACCAAAUGUGCGCCGUGUGUCGUGCUGACCACCCAGUACUGCUACGGCAAGCACGAACAGCGAAAAACUAUCCCGUGCUUCCAGGUCUCAUUCAGCUGCGGACUGGCAUGCGCUAAACCACUACCAUGCGGACGUCACAAGUGCAUUAAACCAUGUCACGAAAACGAAUGCUUCGGCGAAGGCGAAAUCUGCAAGCAAAACUGCACCACCGCACGGACGAACUGUUCCCAUCAGUGCAAGGCACCUUGCCACGAUGGUGAAUGUCCACCGGAUUUACCGUGCAAGGAAAUGGUAGAGGUUACCUGCGAAUGUGGCCACCGGAAGCAGAUGAGAACUUGUCACGACUUCAGCAAGGACUACCGCAGGUUUGCUUCCGCACAGUUGGCGUCUUCCAUGCAGGAGAUGCAACGUGGCGGAUCGGUCGAACUGAGUGACAUCCUGGGCUCCGGCAAGCCGAAAAGUAAUAAGACUUUGGAAUGCAGCGACGAAUGUCGCACGCUUGAGCGCAACCGCCGCCUCGCAAUAGGCCUUCAGAUUCGUAACCCGGACCUGUCGUCCAAGCUGCAGCCCAACUAUUCCGAUUUUUUGAAAACCUACGCCAAAAAGGAUCCCGCCCUGAUCAAGAUGAUCCACGAGAAACUCACCGAGCUGGUGAAGCUAGCCAAAGAAAGCAAACACUCGCGCAGUCACUCCUUUCCGGUGAUGAACCGCGAAAAGCGUCACGUCGUCCACGACAUGUGCGGGAUGUUCGGUGUCGAAUCAGUUGCAUACGAUGCCGAACCGAACCGGAACGUGGUGGCUACGGCCGAUCGAUUCAAGGCCUGGCUACCGAGCAUGAGUCUUCUGGAGGUCCUACAACGCGAAAGCGGUCAGCGGCGUGUGGUGUUGCCCAAUUUGAAUGCGUGGGGUCGAACAGCGACCAACAGCAGCGCGAACAAGUGACACCACAAUAUGGACAUCAGUACCGAAUUUUACCCCCAACUUCGUUUUUCUCUAUCUCAAGAGUUUUUUUUUUCAUUCGAUUUACUUUUACCUAUCAUCUGCAAACAAUUUACAAACUAUUAAUAUUUUCGAUUUUUUUUUUGCUUCUCCAACAUAAUUUGGGCCUAAUUUUUGCUCUCUUCUGAUUGGAAGAAGCAACCUCAAAUGACAGAAGUCAGUUUGCCAUUGUAACAUUUGCUUUCGCUUGUGAAGAAAUUCUAAAAUUUUAAGUCAAUAUACAGUCCAUUCCGGGUAAA